ACGUGUUUGUGAAUCGAACACAAAUUAUACAGUUAGGUAUUAAUUUCACUUCUUUGAUCUGGUUGGAUCUUAGACAUACUUUUCUCCAAUCCAUUCCCCACUAAAUAGACUUUAGUAGGCUCCAAGUCUUUGCUGAUCAAUGAUAUAUAGACUCAUCUUCUUUCUCUCUUUUUUUAACAAAUCAGUAUAUCUUCUUGAAAGUUUUCAUGAUAACAAUGUCAUAUUUGUGUUUACACUUUCUCUUGGUACUCUUACUUUCAAGCGUCUUAAUGAUAAAUGGUGGACUUGCUGGUUGUCAUCACCACCAGAUUCAAUCACUUCUUCUGUUCAAGAACGAGUUUGAUUCUCGCAGUUGCAACCGCAGAGACUACUUUAACGGAGUCCAGUGCGAUAACACGACAGGCGCAGUCACAAAGUUACAUAUCCCAAGCGGUUGUCUCACUGGUAUACUCAAGCCAAAUAGUAGUCUCUUUGGAUUUAACCAUCUUCGUUAUCUUAAUCUCUCUCACAACAACUUCACGUCUUCAUCACUCCCUUCAGAAUUCAGUAAUCUCAACAGAUUAGAGGUUUUGUCUCUUUCCUCUAAUGGCUUCACUGGUAAAGUUCCUUCCUCUAUUAGUAACCUAAGCCUGCUUUCCUCUUUAGAUAUUUCCCAAAACGAGCUCACCGGUAGUUUUCCACUUGUACAUAAUCUCACCAAGCUUUCUAUUUUAAACAUUUCCCAUAAUCACAUCUCUGGAAACAUCCCUUCUUCUCUACUCAUGAUGCCUUUCUUGUCAAUAGUUGAUUUGACUGGGAACCAUCUCACCGGUUCUAUUGACAUUCCAAACUCCUCCUUUUCAUCUAAGCUAGAGAGCCUACGCCUUGGAGAUAACGAAUUUGAUGCACAAAUCCUAGAGCCUAUCUCAAAGUAUACCACCCUCAAAGAUCUUGAUCUUUUUUACCUAAACACAAGCUACCCAAUUGACCUAAGGAUCUUCUCCUCUCUCAAGUUAUUGACAAAUCUUCGUUUAUCCGGAAACCAAUUAUUACCAGCCAGUUUAAGCUCACGUUCAAACAUCCCACUGAACUUGGAGAACCUGGCCUUGUCGGGCUGUGGCAUCAGUCAGUUCCCAAACGCCUUGAAGCGCCUUCAAUCCUUGGAGCUUUUAGACAUUUCCAACAAUCAGAUCAAAGGGAAAGUCCCUGAGUGGUUAUGGAACCUUCCUCGUCUGCGAACAGUCAGUCUUGCCAGUAACUAUUUGACAAGUUUUGAAGGUAGGGGAGAUGUUUUAGAGAAUUCGUCAGUGAAGAUUUUAGAUUUGGCUUUAAACCAUUUCACUGGACCAUUACCUAACCCACCACUCUCUAUCAACCUUUUAUCUGCAUGGAACAAUACUUUCACAGGAAACAUACCUCUUGAAAUAUGCAACCGAAACUCUCUUACUGUUCUUGAUCUAUCCUACAACAACUUAACCGGUGCAAUUCCUCAAUGUUUGAGUAACUUCCGAGACUCUCUCACUGUAGUGAAUCUUCGGAAGAAUAACUUGGAAGGAAGUAUUCCGGAUAUGUUCCAUGAUGGUGCCUCGCUGCGGACACUUGAUGUUGGCUAUAAUCAACUAACCGGGAAGCUUCCAAGAUCUCUUAUGAAUUGCUCCUCGCUCAAGUUUGUAAGUUUGGACCACAACAAGAUUAAAGACACAUUUCCUUUCUGGCUCAAGGCUUUGCCUGAUUUGCAAGCCCUUACCCUCCGUUCAAACAAGUUCUAUGGUCCUAUAUCUACUCCCGUUAAAGGUCCUCUCGCGUUUCCCAAGCUGCGCAUACUUGAAAUCUCAGAUAACAACUUUACCGGAAGUUUGCCACCAAAUUUCUUUGUGAAUUGGAAGGCAUCAUCGCUCCAAAUGGAUGAAGGUGGGAGAAUCUAUAUGGGAGACUACAACAAUCCUUACUAUAGCUAUGAAGAUACAUUAGAUUUGCAAUACAAAGGUUUAUUCAUGGAGCAAGGGAAGGUCCUUACUUCCUAUGCGACCAUCGAUUUUUCUGGGAACAAACUCGAAGGACAGAUUCCUGAAUCUGUUGGACUCUUGAAGGCAUUGAUUGCACUCAACCUCUCAAACAACCUAUUCACAGGUCAUAUUCCACUGUCUUUGGAAAAUGUUUCAGAGCUUGAGUCACUUGAUCUUUCAAACAACCGACUCUCAGGGACAAUUCCUGAAGGACUUGGGAGCCUCUCGUUUUUGGCGUACAUAAGCGUGGCUCAUAACCAACUCAAGGGUGAAAUACCACAAGGAACACAGAUUAUUGGGCAACCUAAAUCUUCUUUUGAAGACAAUGCAGGGCUUUGUGGUCUUCCUCUCGAAAAAACCUGCUUUGGCACUAGUGCACCUCCAAUACAAACUCAUAAGCAAGAAGAUGAAGAUGAAGAAGAAGGAGAACAAGUUUUGAACUGGAAAGGAGUGGCGGCUGGAUAUGGGCUUGGAGUAUUGCUUGGAUUGGCAAUAGCACAAGUCAUUGUUAACAUACAAGCGUUAGGAUCAUUUCGAUUUUUGCUUUUAAUCUCUCAAUGCCUAUCAAAUUGUUGAUAUGGUAAUGAAGAUGUCCCUCUAUGGUUUUUCUUGUAUCUUUUUCCAAUAAUGUAAGAAAAGGGUGAUUACUAGGUUAAUUAUGUUAUAUUAGCUUUGAGUGUUGUUUUGAAUGGCAAUUCACACAAGUCAGAGUGGUUCAUCAUUUGUUCAUAAAUCCAUUAGGAAAGAUUUUUAUUUUGCAUUCAAAGUCAAUAUAUGUUUUUGUCAUCAAGUUUCAUAUAUCAAAAGUCAAAACAGACAUAAAACGCCAAAAUAUCAACCCCGAGCUGAUAAACUCAGUAGAUUUGAUUUGUUUUCAUGCCCCUUAGGAUAUUUUUGUAUCGGGUUGGAUUCGGAUAUUUUUAGUUCGGGUUAGGUUAUUUCGGUGUCGAAUAUCAGUUAAAGCUAAUAUACUACCAAACCUAAGAACUUGCCUCAAGAGAAACUAGACUUAAACCAAAACGAAACCAAAGCUAUAACGAAGCAAUAUCGUGACGUACUGAAACCAUUUUCAACGAGGUAACUGAAGUUAUGACCAUCACCAUAGUUAUAGGUGAGCUUGUUGUUUGAGGAAGGAAGCUUUUGAAGAUACUGCGCAGCGAUGGAUGUGAAGUUGCCUUUCAAAUCGGAUUACUGUGCCUCGAGCCACGAAGCUGUAGAUCAAUGACUAUUGUUUUGCGCCAUUCUUUUGUAAGAAAAAAAAGAGGCAAUUUAUUAACGCUGAAAGCCUGAAACGCGUAGAGAAUCGAGGACUAAGUUGCAUUUGAUUUAGUCCUUGAAAUUUCUCGUCUGACUUAUUCCUCAACAACAUUGAUUUGUUAGUCGAUUUUCAUGACAUAUAAUUUCUUCUCCAGCUUUUUCCCCAUCUUAGACUCUGGAGGUGAAGCCAGAAGGAGAAUUUUGAAUUUAAGGUCUUUUUGGGUGGACACAUGAAUCCAUUACAAUAACGAAAAGUUCUGUUUUUUUUUUGGUGGGGGGGGGUCGUUUGGUUUCUUCAGCAAGAAAUUGAACCAUAUUCUCUGAUAACCCUGAUUUUUGGAAAAUAGAUUUUUUAGAAAAUAAUAAGGUCGGCGUAAUGGUUCGCAAGAAUCAGUGUUGAUACCACCAAUAAUAGCAAAUGCUGGCAAAAUGUCGAACAUUCAUACAUAUAUAUGGCCUAUACAAAACCAAUUUCAAAGAAGUACAAUCUAAGCAGAGAGAGAAACAUAGCAUGAGAAUUUAGAAACCACAAAAAAGAG